AUGGGCCUUAGAGGUCAGAAGAGGAUCCACCUGGUGUCCGUCCUGGCUCAAAGGCAGCAACUUUCAUGGAAAGUGGACCCGUUGACGAGCGGUCUGUGGAGAAUUCAACUUUUAUGUUCACCGAAAUGGAAGGGAAACGGAAAGGUUUUUGAAGAAGUCUUCACUGGAAGUGGUCUGCAUUCAGGCUCCUCAUGCUGCAGUUAUCCAACUUCAGAGGACAGUUAUUGGAAUAACCAGGUGCAGAUUGAUGUUGGUGUAUUGCGUGUGCACCGGAGCAGUGCAGCCUUGGAUCCACCGUGGAACCAGAAUCCGCCGGGGCGGCCAGCCUAUGGGGCAGAGCCGCUCCAAACCGGCAACUACUCGCUUGUGUUGCUUAUUCAGCUCAGCCUGCUCUCCUUUGACCUGUUCGUCAACUCCUUCAGCGAGCUGCUGAGGCACGAACAAGCGGUCCAGUUGAUACUUUUCAUCAUUCAGGACAUCGCCAUCCUAUUCAACCUCAUCAUCAUUCUCUUGAUGCUGUUCAACACGUACGUGUUCCAGGUCGGUCUGGUGGCCGUAUUGUUGGAGAGGUUUAGAGCGCUGCUAAUGCUCUCUGCCCUCUAUCUGACCUUCAGUAUAAUACUCCAUUCCUGGAUCAUGAAUCUGCGAUGGCUAAAUACCAACAGAUUUAUUUGGACAGAUGGCCUUCAGGUGCUGUUUGUGUUCCAAAGAGCCGCUUCCGUCUUGUACUACUACUUCUACAAGAGGACCUCGGAGUAUUUGGGGGACCCUCGCCUCUACGAGGACUCACCGUGGCUGCGAGACGUCUUCGAACGGGUCAGACACUGACACCCGUUUUGUUUAUCAACAGACAAACCAGCGGGAACAUAGACAAUGGGACCAAACAAAGACGUCCAAACUGAAAGUGGAUCUCUUAGAAUGGUCUGGGGUUUUUUUUUGGUCAUUGAGUACCGGAAAUACAUGGAUGUAUAACUGGCUCGUUCAAUACCUUGUUAGCAAUCACUGAAAGUGUCACGCAUGAACUAUACGCUCAUUAAAAACGUGCCAAAACAAUAAAUCAAAGU